AUGGAUGCUAAAGUUGACUUCGCCACAUUGGCUGCCAUUAAAGGACUUCAAAAUCCGAAAGCAAUUGCGCCAAUUUCAGUUCAACCGGUUGGGGAAAAACCAAAUGAUUACAGUAAGUCAAGGGACAGUUGGGGAAAUUUUGUGUGGGGUCUCGCCACGAUGCGGCGCACAGUAAACUUGUUUGAAAUUAUCAUUUUUUUCCAUUUCGCCACCUAAACACAGCCGUUUUUGCAGAAGAUAAACUUGUUUGAAAUUAUCAUUUUUUUCCAUUUCGCCACCUAAACACAACCGUUUUUGCAGAAGAGUUUGUCGAACUCACCAGCAACACUGAUGAGCUGAUUCACAGCAAUUCGUCAUUCAACAGUUUCGCAAACUUUGAACAAACGUUCAACUUGUGGAAGCGACAAUAUUUACACCCAUUCCGUGUCGCAUCUUCAGAAGCUCUUCGUGAACCAGAUGGAACAAUCAACCAAGUCUUCAAAUAUCGUUAUGUUGUUUAUCACUGUGCUCAUUAUGGAGAGCCAAGAAUGAGAGGUAUGUGAUUUUAUAGUUAUUUGGGGAGGGGGGAUUAGGAAAGGAGAGGCGGUAUGCCUUUAAAAUCAGAUUUGUUGCGCAACAUUGUUUGUUUGGAUUGGCUUUGGCUUAUUCUAAAUUGCUUUGAACAAUGCAAGAUUUCAAUUUCAUUCAAAUCUCGGCAGAUGAACAUGAAAUUUCCAUACACAGAAAUUUGAUGAAAUGCAGCUGCUCAGCUCAUUCUCAAACACAUGUUGUUAGAUUUUUGUACAUAUAAUAUAAAAUAUAUACAAACAGGUGUCACAACCGAAUGAUUGCGGUGGUUCGGACAGGCGCACGCGCUGUCUGGAUCAUUGCCAAAUGUGUGUAUAGAGGGAUAUAAUUAGCGUGUCAGUAAGGGAGAGAAUAGUAUUUAGCAACAGAUGUUUUGGAGGUAGAUGGCUGGAUGACGUAAUAAGACAUAUAUGAAUCUGAAAUAUGAGAUCUUCUUGGGUAUCCGAAUGAAAAUGCUUUUGCUAUUAAUCACAUGAAAAUCUGUCACACCCAAUUAAAUUCAUCAAAAUCAGCUGGCUUCUCAGCGGGAAAUAUUUUCCUAGAAUUAUGCUAAUUUCUAAUUUGUGUUUGAUUUUCAGGAGUUGGAAAACGGCCAAAUCAAAAUUAUCUUCCAUGCGGAUGCCGUGCAAUGCUUCGUCUCAAUUACAGUUUCACAGAAAAGUGUUUGAAAAUCACAACACUUAAUCCAAUUCACAAUGAUCAUGAAGUAUCAUAUCACAUGUAUAUGAAAGUGUCGCAAAAAGCACGAAGAAGUAUGGGAGUUGGAAGGCAAUCGCUUGGAAGUUGUGGAGAACUUGCAUCGCCACGUAGUAGUGCAACAUCUUCAUCAUCUCAAGCAACAACUCGUUCAAAUACACCAAAUACCGUUGCUCAACCAAAUCAACAAUCGCUUAUUCAACAAAUGAUUACACCAGCUCAACAAAUGUUGGCUGCUUAUCAUUUGCAACAACAACAAAUGUAUUCGCAAUUUUUGACAACUCAAAAAGAGAAUUUGAUUCCACCAGUUGUUUAUCCAUUUGCUGCCGCGUCUUUUCCAGCAGUUCAACCAGCUCAACCAGAAGGAACAUCGACUGUUGCACAAGUUGAACAAAAACCAGCUAUUUUGGCGCCAAUUCCAAUUAGAGGAUCGGCUUUCGCUCCAGUUAUUCCACAUAACAAAUCGGAAGUUUCGACUCCCCCAGUUGAGGUAAAUAAUUUUUUUUAAGUGUAUUUUAAAAAAUUCUAAAAUUUAUUUUUUUCAGGAUUUGCCACCCAACCCAGAACAUGUUUUGCUUCUUCAUCAAGUCAAUGAACUUUUGAAAAUUGAAGACAAUGGAAAAGCAGCUGAACGUCUUCAACAAUUAAAAGCUCUUGUUGGACACUGGAAAAAUGGAAACUAA